AUGUCCAACGAAAUACGAAGACUACAGGGUCCGGAAGACUUAGAAUCAUGGGAACUAUUUCCUGCAGACUUACAGGAAAUGGUGGAUUGGGCUGACGUUUACAAAGACCACGAGAAGAAAGACUUAUCCAGGAAUCAUUUGUUGAUCUACAAACACGUGGAGGAAUCUGAGUCGAGCACCAUAUAUCCUGUUGCGGUUCGCAUACAUGGAAUUCUAGAGCAAUUUCGCAUCGAAAGAUUCGGAAAUUGGUCAGGACGACCUGAAGAUGCUCGACAAGCAGUUCAAUACAUUACCGUCGCCUCCGGAGGUCACGAGCAACCUUGGGACGCGACUAUCACAUCUCUGAAUCUCGCUUGUCAAUAUGUCAGCAGACGACUCGGAGUGCCAAUGCAAGAAAUGCACAAAGAUAAAGAUAUCUAUUUGCAAAGGCGCGUAUUUAACAAGAGAGACGCGCCGAACAACUCAAAAGUUCCUGUAUUGACCCCCGAUGAUGAUCCAGAGGGAAAAUUUCAAAGCUUACAAGAAUUAUGGGAUGUCAUGCAACCAUUGCGCGUGGCAGAACUAUGCGCGAAUGGGAAAAAAGUGCCUAUUAAUUCAGUAUUACUGACUGCAGGCGAUUUCGUAGAAGUUGGCGCUGAACUUGACUUUGUGUUGAAUAGAAACAAAGACGCGAAGACAACACUGAAAUGCUUCCUGGCAUGCACAUACAUCGUGCGUUUGAUGCCCGCGGUACACGUUCAAAACGCUCAGUUGAAUAGGAGGGGAUCGUCAUCUGGAUGGAACAUUUGUAAUUAUUUGGGUCUUCUUCACUUCUUCCACAAUUUUACGAUGGUGAAAACAAAGCAUGACGCUAGUCCAACUGAAUCACACCCGAACAAGAAGACGAAGAUAAACAACACUGAAAAUUCGCAAGUAGUGGCAGAUGCCAACAAGGACGUCACAGAACUGAAUCAUGUUGUUGGUGACAACUCCGCUGAGACAGGACAUCCAGAUCAACGCCACAACAUCGAAGAGACAGGAGAGAUUAACAAAGGAGACGAUUCUCUCCCUACGACAGCAGGUGCUUCAGCAGCGGCUCCGAAACGCGGCACAGGCGCAUCUCAACCGACAUUAGCGGUGAAGACUGUAAUCCCACACCCCACCAAACAGUUGAUGAAUGAUGUCGAAGUAGAAGAAUAUGAUGAAGCUUUAAAGGCCCGGCUGAAGAUACUCUCAGAAUAUACUAAUGCGAAAGCCAACAUAUAUGCGCUCGGCAAACUAUUACCGACAGCCACUUGGGGACCUUAUAAACCAAUCAACGAUCGAAGCAAAAUACUCUGCGAUCCCGCAACCGGCGAACCACUCACGAUCUGGGUAAUCGGUCGAAUCGCUAAAAUGUGGUUCAUGAAGCAAGGGAAACCGGAGAAUCAAGCUUCUAUCACGGUACUGCCCCUCUCGCAAACAUUAGCGAAACAAAGCGGCCUCCUGCUCGCUAAGUUUUCGAAUCCGAUGCUGACUUUGAAUCAACAGACGAUCGACAUCAUUCGUGCAAUGAAAUGGCAGAACACAAAGGGAGCCGAAGGAACAUCAGACGCCAUACUAUUCGAUGCUGUAUAUGAUGCAAGACAGGAAGGAUCCUUGAAAACGUACAGUGAGAGGCCUAUAUGGAACCUGGCGGAUUUGAAAGCCGGCGACCUCAUCCUCUUGGAAAUGAAGAUGACGCGUUAUUCUAAGAAAGGAGAAGAUAACAAAUGGCAUUCUCGAGCCCAAUUCGAGAUGAUCGCAAUCUCGCUACUACACAUGGCUGAAAUGCCUGAGGUAGACGAUCAAGGAAUGCAUCACAUUGACGGAUUGGCGAUCUAG